AUGGCGGAAAUCAGCGACGCCGAGCUCCGCGAGAUCUACGACUUCGCUGUCCAAGUGGGCAAAGAAGCCGGAGACCUGCUCAUGACGGCCGCCAAGUCGAGAUGGGCGACCGGACGGCAGCAGCAGGCCUUUACAGAGAAGGACAACUCGGUUGACUUGGUGACCAAGACAGACACAGAAGUCGAGGCCUUCAUCCGCACAUCUGUCGCAAACAAGUACCCUAGUCACAACUUCCUCGGCGAAGAAACAUAUUCGGCCGGCGCAUCCCGCGACUACCUCGUCGACGACAGGCCGACAUGGAUCGUCGACCCUCUCGACGGCACCGUCAACUUCACCCAUCUCUUCCCCAUGUUCUGCGUCUCCAUUGGCUUCGCCGUGAAAGGGAAGCCCGUCAUCGGCGUCAUCAACGCGCCCUUUUUGAACCAGACCUUCUCCUCCUGCAAGGGACACGGCGCGUGGAUGAACGAGACACAGAGACUGCCUCUCGUCCUGAGCCCGCUGCCGGCCAAUGCGCCGAGCGGAUGCGUCUUCUCGUGCGAGUGGGGAAAGGACCGCCGGGACACGCCCGACGGCAACAUGCACCGCAAGGUCGAGAGCUUCAUGAACAUGGCUGCUGAGCGCGGGGGAAGAGGCGGAAAGGGCGGCAUGGUGCACGGCAUGAGGAGCCUGGGGAGUGCCACGUUGGAUCUGGCUUACACAGCCAUGGGGUCCUUCGAUAUCUGGUGGGAGGGUGGUUGCUGGGAGUGGGACGUCGCUGCAGGAUUUGCCAUCCUCGAGGAGGCCGGGGGUUUGGUGACGGUGGCGAACCCCCCAGAAGACACGAGCGUCAUUCCCGAGGCGAAGCUGGGCGGCAGGCUCUAUCUCGCCAUCCGGCCCGCGGGACCCACCGACACAGAGACGGCACGCGAAGCGCAAGAGAGAGUUGUGCGGGAGACGUGGAAGCGCGUAAGACACCUGGAAUACUCGAGACCCGGAGCGUAG